CGGAGCUCUGUCAGCACGAGGAACGACGCGGGAGGGGGGCGGGGCCAGGUGGCAGGGCGGGGCCGGGCUCCACGGGGCGCUGCGCACUCGCCAGCUGCUGUCGCCCCGCGCCGGUCGGGUCUCCAGGCUCGCAGCGCCCGGAUCUUCUGAUGCUGGUGCCCUGGGCUGGAGAGCCCGCGGUCCCUAUGUCCCAGACUGAGGCCGACUUAGGCUUGCGGCCCCCGCCACCCCCAGGUCCCGUGGGGCCGUCCCGUCCGGGGCCCCCUACCCGCCGCACGCGCCGCUUCUCAGGACGGACUGAACCCCGGCCACGCGCCCUGUGCCCCGGCCGCCGCAGCUCCGUGGACCUGGGGCUGCUGAGCCUCUGGUCACAGUCUGUGGCACCCAGCCCCGAACCCCUAAACUCACCAGACCUCGUGGGCGCAGGCCCUGCGCACAGCUCACCGCCCGGCUCCCAGGAGCCCCCCGAGGGCGCGUGGCCCACAGCCGCCCCGACGCCGCCCACAGGUUCUGUGCUUACCAAGCUUGCGCCGGCACCGGGGAGACCCGGGCCAGGAGAACCACCACAGGUCUCUGAUGCCACAGCCUGGGAGCGACAGCGGGAGCUGGAGGAGGAGGAGACAGAGACUCAGGCUGUGGCGACGUCCCCGGAUGGCCGGUACCUCAAGUUUGACAUCGAGAUUGGGCGCGGCUCCUUCAAGACCGUGUACCGCGGGCUGGACACAGACACCACGGUGGAGGUGGCGUGGUGCGAGCUGCAGACUCGGAAACUGUCACGUGCUGAGCGGCAGCGCUUCUCCGAGGAGGUGGAGAUGCUCAAGGGGCUGCAGCACCCCAACAUUGUCCGCUUCUACGACUCCUGGAAGUCAGUGCAGAGGGGCCAGGUUUGCAUCGUGCUGGUCACCGAACUCAUGACCUCUGGCACGCUCAAGACAUACCUGCGGCGCUUCCGGGAGAUGAAGCCCAGGGUCCUUCAGCGCUGGAGCCGCCAGAUCCUUCGGGGCCUGCACUUCUUGCACUCUCGGGUACCCCCCAUCCUGCACCGGGACCUCAAGUGCGACAACGUCUUCAUCACUGGUCCUACGGGCUCUGUCAAAAUCGGGGACCUGGGCUUGGCCACACUCAAGCGUGCCUCCUUUGCCAAGAGUGUCAUUGGGACCCCAGAAUUCAUGGCCCCCGAGAUGUACGAGGAGAAGUAUGAUGAAGCCGUGGACGUGUAUGCGUUUGGCAUGUGCAUGCUGGAGAUGGCCACCUCUGAGUACCCGUACUCCGAGUGCCAGAACGCUGCGCAGAUCUACCGCAAGGUCACGUCGGGCACCAAGCCGAACAGCUUCUACAAGGUGAAGAUGCCAGAAGUGAAGGAGAUCAUUGAAGGUUGCAUCCGCACAGACAGAAAGGAGCGGUUCACCAUCCAGGACCUGCUGGCCCACGCCUUCUUCCGUGAGGAGCGUGGGGUGCAUGUGGAGCUGGCUGAGGAGGACGAUGGCCAGAAGCUGGACCUCAAGCUCUGGCUGCGCAUGGAGGACGUGCGGCGAGGGGGGCGCCCGAGGGACAACCAGGCCAUCGAGUUCCUGUUCCAGCUGGGUCGGGAUGUGGCUGAGGAGGUGGCCCAGGAGAUGGUGGCCCUGGGCUUGGUCUGUGAGGCUGAUUACCAGCCGGUGGCCCGGGCUGUGCGUGAGCGGGUCACUGCCAUCCAGCGGAAGCGCGAGAAGCUUCGGAGAGCUCAGGAGCUGGAGGCCCUGCCUCCCAAGCCAGGGCCUGUGCCCACGAAAGUCCUUGAGGCUCCUGCAGCCUCUGGCGCAUUCCCUCUGGAGCCAGAGGAGCCAGAGGCAGACCAGCACCAGUCCUUCCUCUUCCGCCACACCAGCUACUCAUCUACCACCUCGGACUGCGAGACCGACGGCUACCUCAGCUCCUCUGGCUUCCUGGACGCUGCAGACCCUGCCCUGGUGACCCCUGAGGAGGUGCCCUCUAGCCUGGUGGAGCCCCAGCUCCAUCUGCCCUCGGCGUGUCGGGGUUGUCUCCCUGACCCCAGCAGCCAGCUGCGCCUGACCUCACAAACCUGGUUUCAGGCUUUCUCGGUCUCCAUCCCAAGGUCUGGUCCCAGCAGUGACUUCUCCCCUGGGGACAGCUGUGCCUCAGACGUAGUGUCAGGCCUCAGCAACGUGAGCGAGGGGACGGGGCACACGCGCAGACCCGUAGGGAAGACUCCCCGGCGCAGACCCCGCUCCCGGCUGUGGGUCACAAGUGUCUCCAACCAGAGUGACAGAGUGGUUGAGUGCCAGCUGCAGACCCACAACAGCAAGAUGGUGACCUUCCGCUUCGAUCUGGACGGGGACAGCCCAGAAGAGAUUGCAGCUGCCAUGGUGUACAACGAGUUCAUCCUGCCAUCCGAGCGUGAAGGCUUCCUGAGGCGGAUCCGGGAGGUCAUCCAGCGGGUGGAGACACUGCUCAAGAGAGACCAUGAGGCUGCCCCAGGCCUCCAGCAGGAGCCCUCCAGCAGUGUGGACUGGGUCCCACCUCGGGACCCUUCUGGGAAGGGACACUGGGGACCAGAACCUCAGGCCACCACCACCCCAGCAGAGCUCCAGAGCAGUUGUGGCUGUGGCUGUGGCUGUGGCCCCGGCCUGGGCCAGUGGAGCUGGACCUUCUCUGACACCCCAUCUCUGCCUGGGACACCCUUGUCCCCUGCAGCCCCCAGCUUUCCCGUCGCUUCCUCUCCAUGGCCCCUCACUUGCGGCCAGCCCUCUAGUCCCCCUCUACAGUCACCCUGCUCCCCACUUUCCAGGGGCUCUCCCCCUAGCAGCCCACAGAGCCCCUCUCCUCUCCCUCUCUGUCCCUCCCUGCCUGCCACCUCCCUGCCUGCUGCCACCACCACCACCACCGCUGGCCCCCUUCUGUCCCUGGCCAGUGCCUUCUCACUGGCUGUGAUGACUGUUGCCCAGUCCUUGCUGUCCCCCUCCCCCGGGGUUCUUGCCCAGGAUCCCCCAGUGCCCCCAGGCCCACUGCCGCUGCCUUUGUCUCCACUUGCCCCUGGAGGCCAGGAAAGCCUUUUUCCCCAGAUGGCCGAGGCAGAGGCAGAGAGUAAGGCCUCCCUGGGUCCCACAUGGCCACUCCUGGGCGAAGCCAGACUGGCACCCAUCUCGGAAGAGAAGCCCCAGCUCGUUGGGCGCUUCCAGGUGACCUCGCCCAAGGACCCAGCGACACACCCUCCCAUGCGCCCAGUGAGCCCUGAGCCCCCCAGCUGCCCUAAGCUGCCAACCCCUCUACUGAACCUGGGCAGCUCAAACACCCAGGAUGCGGCUGGGCCGGGGCCGGACACCGGGGAGGCUGUGGCCAAGAGCACCUGCACUGCCGAGGGCCCAGGGAGUCCCGUGGAGGAGAACAGGGAUACGGGGCUUGAGCCCCAUAUGGGGGACAGCGCUCUGGGCCUGGGCCACCCCAGCCCAGUGUGGAUGAGCUGCUCCUACAGCAGCUUGUGCCUGAGCAGCGAGGAGUCGGAGAGCAGUGGGGAGGACGAGGAGCUCUGGGCAGAGCUGCAGAGCCUGCGGCAGAAGCACCUUUCUGAGGUGGAGGCACUCCAGACACUCCAGAAGCAGGAGAUUGAGGACCUGUACAGCCGGCUGGGCAAGCAGCCCCCACCAGGCAUCGUGGCCCCGGCCGCCAUGCUCUCCAGCCGCCAGCGCCGCCUGUCCAAGGGCAGCUUCUCCUCAUCCCGCCGCAACAGCCUGCAGCGCUCCGAGCCCUCGGGCCCUGGCAUCAUGCACAGAAACUCCCUGAGUGCCAGCAGCACCAGCUCCCCGGAGCAGCGGGCAAGCAAGGGGCUGACGUUCACCGGGGAUGCUGGCAGGAUGCACCCCUUUAUCCUGCAGUGAAUUCAGAACAGAAGCCAGCAUCUCCCGUACCAGGGCCCACUUCAGCGCCUGUGCUCUCCGGACUAGAUGCUUUUCUGACCGGCUCAGCAAGGAGGACCAGCACGCAGGGGACAGGCACAGAGAGGGCAGUUACCCACACACACAGGGACUGUGCUGCCACAAGGAGGUGGAGGUCUGUAGCCUUGUUGCCUGCCUUUCACCCUGGCUCCAGUCAAGGGCUGACCACUCCACUGUCCCACCCAAGCCCAGAUGCUUCUAGAGGGUGCACUCGUGGCCAACCACAGUUAGCAGUAGCCAAUAAAAACUGCUGGAGAUAAGGA